ACUGCAUCGAUAUCAAUUUACCAAGAAAUUUUCGUGCACUAUAAUACCUCGCUAGAGUUGUUCGUCUCUGUACUGUUCCCGCUUGCUCCUGUGAGCACCCCCUAGGCUUCCGCCAUGUCCGUCAGUAUGAGGUCCGCCCGCCUUGUGCGUUCCAACCCCGUGCUGCGGCCCAACUCCAUUGCCCGACAGCGCUAUGCUGGAGCAUUUGGAGCAGCCGCGACAGGCCUCCGAUUCAACAGCAGAAACUUCCCCUCUCAAGUAACCGCCCUCGCCAUCCUCGUUCCCAAGCGCGGAUAUGCCACAGAACAAUCAACAAACACAUCCGGGCCAUCGAACCUCCCGCCCCCUGGCUUCAACGCCGAGCAGGCCAAGAAGCCCAUUUCCGUAGACCAGGCGCAGCCCGCGAGCGCGAAGGCUAAUCAAGAUACAAUCCCGAAGGGAGAGGUAUCAGUCCAGUCGCAGAAUGCUCAGAGUACGAGUAAGGAGAGCGGUUUGGCAUCUAAGAGUGUUGCGGAGGAUAAGGAUAAGAAGGCUGUCGAGGAGCCGAAGAAGGAGUCGAAGAAGUUGACGAUUGGGCAGAAGAUCAAGAAGGAGAUUCAGCAUUAUUGGGAUGGCACUAAACUCCUUGCUACCGAAGUGCGGAUCAGCUCACGGCUGGCGUUAAAGAUGGCGGGUGGGUAUGAGCUCAGCCGCAGGGAGCAUAGACAGCUUAAACGUACGGUAACGGAUCUCGGCCGGCUGAUUCCAUUCUCCAUGUUCGUCAUCAUUCCAUUUGCGGAACUGCUGCUUCCCGUUGCACUCAAGCUGUUCCCCAAUCUCCUGCCCAGCACGUACGAGGGUAAGUCUGCCCGUGAGAAGAAGGCGCUCAGCCUGAGCUCGACCCGGAAAGAAGUCUCCACGUUCCUGAAGAACACGUUGAAGGAAUCUGGUCUGCCCGUGACGGCGGCAAGCGUCAAGAACGAUGAAUUUGCCGAGUUCUUCAAGAAGAUUAGAAGCACCGGCGAGACCCCGUCGGCUGAAGACGUCAUCAAGGUUUGCAAGAUCUUCAAGGAUGAUCUUACUCUGGACAACUUGUCCCGACCCCAGCUUGUUGGUAUCUGCAAGUAUAUGAAUCUCAACACAUUCGGCACUGACGCCAUGCUCCGGUACAACAUUCGUCACCGCAUGCGCCAGAUCAAGCGGGACGACCGUGCUAUCUUUUACGAGGGUAUUGACUCUCUUUCUGUGCCCGAGUUGCAGAUGGCCUGUGCCUCCCGGGGUAUCCGUACACACGGUGUCUCUCCCGCCCGCCUCCGCGAUGAUCUCUCUCAAUGGCUUGACCUCCGUCUGAAGCAGGGCGUUCCCUCGACUUUACUGGUCCUCAGCAACGCCUAUGUCUACGCACAGGGCGGCAAGGAAGCAGAGAUGUCUUCUCAGAUUGAGUCUCUCCAGGCUGUCCUGUCGAGUAUUCCCGAAGAACUCUUCCACGAGAUUGAGCUUGAGGUGCACAAUGCCGAGGGUGCUGCCACUAACAAGCAGCGUCUCGAGGUCAUCAAGGAGCAGCAAGAGCUCAUUGAAGAGGAGAACCAGCAGAACAGCGAGAACGAAGAGAAGGGUGUUGCCGCCCCCAAGGACACCGAGAAUAUCGAUGAGGACCACAAAUACGAGACCACUCAGUCCGGAGAGGCUUCCGAGGCGAUGCAAGAGGGUGAGAAGGCUGAAAAGGAUGCUGAGCCUGCCGUACAGGAGAAGAAGGACACCAAAUAGGUUGCUUCCUGUCUCAUGCAUUCGCAUUCUUGUCUGCGUUAUGUUGUACUAUAGACUUGUUUUACCACACCACCACUAUCUACUCUUAUUUCCUUGUGUUUUAUAGAUGGGAGGAGCGAGGAUUUCUUGACUUACUGGGAAGGACGACGGUUGGAGCGUCACCGGUUGGAUGGAUACGGCGGAUUUCCCUGCGACUGAUAUGUACCUAAACGAUAUAUAAACUGUACAUUUUCUUU